AUGAAGCAGUCUGGUCAAAGAGGCACCAGAAACACGCUCCAGCACGGAAUUGGUCCGAUUCUGGUUAUAGCUCAGUUUUUUGGGGUGCUACCAGUUUCGGGCAUCUGGCCAAGUUCUCGACCGGAAAAGGUACACUUUCGCUGGAUUUCUUUUUCACUACUUGCUGCUCUCGUUCUGUUCAGUUUCUCCAUUGUGGACUGCGUGCUAUCCUCCAAAGUGGUGUUUGAUCAUGGACUGAAAAUCUAUACAAUAGGAUCCCUCAGCUUCAGUGUGAUCUGCAUUUUCUGUUUUGGAGUCUUCUUACUGUUAUCUCGCCGUUGGCCCUAUAUCAUCCGGCGGACGGCAGAGUGUGAGCAGAUCUUUCUGGAACCCACUUAUGAUUGUAAAUAUGGACGUCGCUACUCGAGACGCCUUCGCCUUUGGGGUGUUUGCCUUCUGGUGGCAGCUCUGUGUGAGCAUUCCACCUAUGUGGGCAGUGCCCUGUAUAACAAUCAUCUGGCCAUUGUGGAAUGCAAAUUGAAGGCAGACUUUUGGCAAAACUAUUUCCAGAGGGAGAGGCAGCAAGUUUUCCUUGUUAUGCACUUCACAGCAUGGUGGAUACCCUUCAUCGAAUGGACCACACUGUCCAUGACCUUUGUGUGGAACUUUGUGGACAUCUUUCUGAUCCUCAUUUGUCGCGGCAUGCAAAUGCGAUUCCAGCAGAUGCACUGGCGCAUUCGUCAGCAUGUAAAGCAACAAAUGCCUAAUGAAUUCUGGCAAAAAAUUCGCUGCGAUCUUUUGGAUCUGAGUGAUCUUCUGGGUAUCUACGACAAGGAGUUAUCCGGGUUGAUUGUUCUCUCCUGUGCCCACAACAUGUACUUUAUAUGUGUGCAGAUUUAUCAUAGCUUUCAAUCCAAGGGAAACUAUGCUGAUGAGUUAUAUUUCUGGUUUUGCCUGUCCUAUGUCAUCAUUCGAGUUCUAAACAUGAUGUUCGCUGCAUCUUCUAUUCCCCAAGAAGCCAGGGAGAUAUCCUAUACCCUUUACGAAAUACCCACGGAGUUUUGGUGCGUGGAGCUUAGACGGCUGAAUGAGAUUUUCCUUUCAGACCAUUUUGCUCUCAGUGGCAAGGGAUACUUUCUGCUAACCAGACGUUUAAUAUUUGCAAUGGCAGCCACCUUGAUGGUCUAUGAACUGGUGUUGAUCAACCAAAUGGCUGGAUCUGAAGUCCAGAAAAGCUUCUGCGAGGGCGGCGUUGGCUCCUCCAAGAGCAUAUUUUCCUAG